AUGGAGGCAUUGCUAGAAAAGCAGCAACAGCUGCAGCACACCUAUAUCCAAAGGCAGUCAAGAGUAUUAGAAGAGGAGUCCAAAUCAUAUGAGGACACUCUUGCCAGUGACAACAGUCAUAAGGUCCACUGCGCGACACACCAACAGACUGCUGAAACAUCUUUCUUCGAGUCUUUGAACCAAAACUUUGAGCCGCCGUCGUUACCGCUAGCGCUGCAAAGGUUUCAUGGAGGGAGAAGAAACAUAGCACCCGGUGCGUAUGCCGCAGAAGGACCACUAGCUGACACGUACGUCACACCAGGGAUAAGCCCACGGCACCCAGCAACACAAUCUCCCAGUUCUGAUGAUGGAAGUGAGCAAGGAGUGGAAUUGACAUCAGAAGAUAGCAAUCUUAUUCAGGCUGAGCCAGUGGAGGAAUUGGAAAACGAGCGGAUUCCUACGGCUCAGCCAAUAUUUAAAAACGCCAAAUGGUGGUGGAAGAGAAAGCUGUUCUGGUCACUCUCGGCAGAAGCACUGGUGGCAAUACUUAUUGUUCUGGCGAUAACUAUUGGGGUUGCUGUCAAAAGCAAUAGACACAACCAGAUAGGUCAUAAACAACAGCAAGGGGCCAUACAAAUACCAGAAAGCACCGGAGCCACAAGCCCACCAAGAAGUUUUUUGGACAGCCUCAAUCUUCCUGACUACACAUUGGAGGCACUUGAUGAUCCAAAUUCUCCACAAUCAAAGGCUUAUGAAUGGCUGGUGGGAGACAAUACAAGUCUUCCGAACUGGAGACUAGUUCAGCGAUUUGCCCUGGCUACAUUCUUCUAUUCAACCAGAGGAGACUAUUGGGUCAAUAAUCAUGGUUGGCUGGACUGGCAAACACAUGAGUGUGACUGGGAGCAGAAUUUUGUUCUUCUUGAAGCUUCUGCAAGACGUCGCUGUGACAUUUCAGGACAAAUUAUCUCUCUGUCCAUGGUUGCCAGCAACUUGGCAGGAACGCUUCCACAAGAUAUUUCACUUCUCAGCCCCAGUCUCCAACUUCUGGAUCUCUCAUCUAACAUGGCACUUACUGGGCAGAUACCAUCUCAGAUUGGAUUGUUGACAAGGCUGACAACACUGUACACACCUGUCACAAGCCUUUCAGGUACUUUGCCAACUGAGCUAGGCCUGUUGCAAAGCUUAAUCGAUGCAACACUAGGUUCCAACAAAAUCUCAGGGAGUGCUCCAUCUGAAUUGUCGCUUCUAUCGAAGCUAACAAGUAUCCACUUUGCCAGUAUGGGACUAACAGGCUCCCUCCCCCCAGAACUGUUUCAGUUGACAAACCUAGCUUAUUUUGGGAUGGAUUAUUGUCAUGGGAUAGAUUCCAAAUCAGUGUUCCUAGCUGUCACAAGCCAGAUGAAUUGGCUAAGAAGCCUUAUCAUGAUUGGAAGUGAAGGAGCAGGUAUUUCACUCUCCAGUGAAAUUGGUCAGCUUACUGAGUUGGAAAAUUUUAUAAUGGAGGGCUGGAAUAUGAGCAAUUCCAGCAUUCCCAGUGAAAUUGGAAAACUGUCAAAGCUGACAAGCCUGACAAUUGAACAGACUUCCCUGGCAGGGUCUCUCCCAUCAGAGUUAUCAUUACUCUCGGACCUGCAGUGGUUGGAUCUAUCUUCCAACCGAUUGACAGGAAUCAUGACCCUCGAAUUGUUUCACAACCUUGGAGGUUUGAAAAAGUUGGUUAUGAGUGGCAAUCUGUUCUCUGGUUCUAUAGUGACAGAAAUUGGCUUUCUCUCUGACCUCAAAGAUCUACGGCUCCAAGAUACCCGGCUUUCUGGGACACUUCCCACAGAAUUACUGACCUUGUCCAAGUUGACAAAACUGACCGUUGCUAACAGUUCCCUCUCUGGCAGUAUUCCUGAUGGUCUCUGUCAUAUCUUGUACCAUUAUGAGUUGGCAUGUCAUAGCUCCAGUGUUUGUUAUCCAAAGAAGACAAACACCUCUGUCUGCCAGGGAACUGCCUUGUGUGGAUGCAGCUGUAGACCUUGCUAG